GCAAGGUCGACGCAAAAUGUCCGACGACAGACUGUUUGCGACGAGUUACAGAUAUGAAGUACGCAAUCCGAACGCAAAGAUGCUACAAAAAGCACUGACUCUGCAGAAAUCGAGGAUUGAGACAGAUGAAAAAAUCGCGCAUAGAACAGAGGUUGAAAACUUAGUUUCAAGUGAACUGGAAAGAGCAAGGUGGUUCAGUUCUCUUGAAGAGGACAGUGAAAAGCGGCGCCAGAAAAGAGAAAAAGAGCUUGCCGACGAUGAACUAAAGAUGGCCAACGAACAAUUCAUAAAAAUUCGCCGUGCUCGACUUAAAAAGUUGUUAACAGAGGAAAAUAUCCAAUACGAGAAAGAGCUCAAUGGUUUCGGAAAAGCGUUCUACAAGAAAAGAAUUUAAGCCUACAUUAGCGUUGUUAAAAAGAUU